AUGUCUCUCAAACCUCUGCCAGGUGAUGAUAGACAUCCCUCUUCCGCGCUAUCUGUCACCCGAACUGAAAGUGGUGAAACGUACAUCUUCUACUUCGAUUUGCACGGCAACAUUUGCUACCUGAAGGGAUCGGGGGCCGGCUCCUACGGGGAGUAUUCCGUACCUAUCAAAAAUGAUGGAGCCUCCACUACGGCUGUUGGCAGCAUUAAUACCCUGACAUCCACCCUCUUUGAGAAAGAGCAGGUUCAUGUUUACUAUGUGCAAGAUGACCAGCUUAAAGCCGCCUGGUGGCAUGUACAUGACGGCGAAUGGAAGACUGGCCUUAUCAACGAGAUGGAGUACAAGGUGGCUCCGGGCACGGGAAUCAGUUCUCUCGGGCAGCAGGAGCUACAUGGAAAGCCAGGUGAUCACCGCCUUGAGGUGUACUUCCAUGAUCACGACAACAGCGACAAGUUUUCUGUGGCAUACUACAAAGACAAGGAAUGGCACAAAGCACUUGUCCAGGUGUAG